AUCAUUUUCUGGCCUCAUCACAGCGACUGCCCCGCCUUCUCCGCGCCUUCGUUGCGUAAAAUGCAGAUAAGUGCGUGACGCAUUAUGACGCAACGUAUAAAUAGAGGUCGUCAGUGAAGCGAGUGUUACUGCAGAGGAGGAAGCUAAUAGACUGCAGCAAAAAUGGCAACCCUCAAGGAAAAGCUGAUUGGACAUUUGCAGACAUCACAGGACAGUUGCUCGUACAACAAGAUAACAAUUGUUGGUGUGGGUGCAGUAGGAAUGGCAUGUGCCAUCAGCGUCUUAAUGAAGAACCUGGCGGAUGAGGUGGCUCUGGUGGAUGUAAUGGAGGACAAGUUGAAGGGCGAGAUGAUGGAUUUGCAACAUGGUAGCCUCUUCCUUCACACUCCCAAGAUUGUGUCUGGCAAGGAUUACAGUGUGACCGCUGGAUCCAAGUUGGUUGUGGUCACAGCUGGUGCUCGGCAGCAGGAGGGAGAGAGCCGCUUGAAUCUUGUUCAGCGUAAUGUGAAUAUCUUCAAACACAUCAUCCCUGACAUCGUCAAGAACAGCCCUAACUGCAUCAUACUUAUUGUUUCCAACCCAGUGGACAUCCUGACCUACGUGGCAUGGAAGCUGAGUGGCCUUCCCAUGCACCGUAUUAUUGGCAGUGGCUGUAACCUGGACUCUGCUCGAUUCCGAUACCUAAUGGGAGUGAGACUGGGAAUCCACAGCUCCAGCUGUCAUGCCUGGGUGGUUGGCGAGCAUGGAGACUCGAGCGUGCCUGUGUGGAGUGGCAUGAAUGUUGCAGGUGUGAACCUGAAGGAUAUCCAUCCUGAGAUGGGAACUGACAAAGACAAAGAGAACUGGAAGAAGGUGCACAAAGAUGUGGUGGACAGUGCUUACGAGGUGAUAAAACUGAAAGGCUACACCUCUUGGGCUAUUGGGAUGUCUGUGGCAGACCUGGCAGAGACUAUUAUGAAAAACCUGUGUAAGGUGCACCCUAUAUCCACAAUGGUUAAGGGUUUCCAUGGUAUUAAAAAUGACGUUUUCCUGAGCCUCCCUUGUGUUCUGGAUAAUCAUGGAAUUGCUAAUGUUGUGAAGAUGGUGCUGAAGCCAGAUGAAGAAAAGCAGCUGCAGAACAGUGCCACAACCUUGUGGGACAUUCAGAAAGACCUGAAAUUCUGAACCUCUCCUCUCUAGCUUUCCAUUGCAGCAGUAAACUCAACGAUCAUACUCUGGUGAUCUUGCUGCAUGUAGCCCCUUUUAGGAAAUAGGCAGUGGAUCUGCUGUCUUUUCUGUGAUCACUAGCUAUUGGUGAUUUUUCUCUUGACCACAAAUUGUUAAACAUCUGCAAGUAUUACUUGGAGGGAGCAAGUCUGUGUUUUGUGUAAUGACAUUGUUUGCCAGUCAGGCUAUUGUCUUCCUCACCUGCACUCCUCACUGCUGUUAAUGUCUUAUUUAUGUAGAGCAGACAGCUAUGUAUUUGAGGAAAACCAUCUGGUUUAAAAAAAUAAAGUUUGAUCAACUAUC